AAGCCACCCAACUUCACUAAAUUGAGCCAAAUGUGAAUGUGACUGCUGCAUCAAUAAAUAUGCACAUGAGCUUCAACACACAUAAGCCAAAAAUCUCAUGUACAUCAUUUUUUUUAAUAAUCAGAAUCAGAAUGUCUUCAUCAUGGGAGGAGAUGCCUCGUCCUGAGGGAAAAAGGCUGCAUGUGGCCAUGUUUCCAGGGCUAGCAACAGGCCAUAUGACACCAUUCCUUCACCUGGCAAACGAGCUAGCUAAAAGAGGCCACAAAGUCUCUUACUUGUUGACGAAAAAGGCUAAAAUUCAGCUCGAAUGCGGCAAUCUUUAUCCUGAUGUUGUCACCUUUCAUGUCCUUCCAGUCCCUCAUGUUGAAGGGCUUCCUCCAGGAACGGAAAACGCUUCUGAAAUCCCAAUUUUCUUGAACAGUCUUUUUGCAUUAGCAUUCGACAACAUGAGUGAUCAAGUUGAAGCUGCGCUGAGUGAUCUUAACCCUGAUGUGGUGUUAUAUGACACUGCUUUUCGGAUCACAGAUUUUGCUCCCAAAAUUGGGUUUAAAACUGUGUGCUACAAUGUUGUUUCUGCGGCAUCCAUUGCACUUGCACUUGUCCCCGCUCGACAGAUGCCUAAAGACAGGCCUUUAACAGAGGAAGAAUUGAUGGAACCACCUCCUGGCUAUCCAUCUUCCUCUGUGGUGCUGAGAAAACACGAGGCAAAGGUUUUGGCCUUUAUGUCUUCCGAAUUCGGUGCCAGGACUUUCUAUGAUCGAAUCAUAACCGCCUUAAAAGGUUGUCAUGCAAUUGCCAUAAGGUCAUGUCAGGAACUGGAGGGACAAUUUUGUGACUACAUUGGCGGCCAAUAUCAGAAGCCAGUUUUCCUAUCAGGCCCUGUCUUGCCUGAGCAGGAGAAACAACCUCUGGAUGGCAAGUGGGCUGAGUGGCUUGGAAAAUUUGAGCAAAAAUCAGUGGUUUUCUGUGCAUUUGGAAGCCAGAUAAUUCUUGAGAAGCAGCAAUUUCAAGAACUUGUUCUGGGAUUUGAGUUAACAGGGCUGCCAUUUUUUGUUGCCCUGAAGCCACCUCUGGGGACCGGUUCAAUAGAGGAAUCUUUGCCUGAUGGGUUUGAAGAGAGGGUUGGAGGAAGAGGAGUGGUUUAUGGUCGUUGGGUGCAGCAGCCACAGAUAUUGAGCCAUCCAUCGGUUGGAUGCUUUGUCAAUCACUGCGGAUUUGGAUCCAUGUGGGAGUCUUUGAUGAGUGAUUGCCAGAUUGUGCUGGUACCACAUUUAGGUGAUCAAAUCUUGAAUUCCAGAUUGCUUUGUGGUGAUCUUAAGGUUGCAGUGGAAGUGGAGAGAGACGAAAGUGGUUGGUUCUCUAAGGAGAGUCUAAGCAGCGCGAUCAAUGCUGUAAUGGGUCCAGACAGUGAAGUGGGGAGUUCGCUCAGGAAGAGUCACUUGAAGGUGAAGGAAAUUCUCUCAAGUCCUGGAUACAUGAGUAAUUAUGUGGAGAGUUUCAUUCAAAACCUGUAUGAGCUUUAGUUGGAGGGUAAUUUUAUUUCUGCUGAAUGAUUUAAUUGUUAGAAACUUUGGCUCCUUUUCUUGUAGCCGUUGUAGGUAGUUUUUUAUUCCAAGUGGCAAGCAAGCAACUUACUAGCUGUUUCUAUUUACGUGGAACACUUGUCAAGGAAUUUCAUAUUUUGCUUGUUGAGUUUA